AUGCAUCCACUCUUUGCUAUUACGACGGCGUGGUGUUUAUUUGCUUUAGUGAGUGCAAGCCCAGGAGUCGAAGUCAAGAGAGAUGAGAUUGGUAGUGGAUGUCAUUGGUGUAGUGAGGGUCCUUGGACAACGGCUACAGAAUGCGAUUCUGGCGAGUAUUGGGCGGUUGCAAACAGCAUGAGGAAUCCACCCGAAAACGUCACACUGGAUGUCACAGCAUUCUGUUCCCAGUUCCUGCGUCCGCUGGUUACUGAUACAUCUGUCAUAACCGAAACCGCGGGGACAACGAUACAGACCUCUACAUCGAUAUGGCUAACACUAUUCACACCGACUAGCACAGCACCUACAACCACAAUCCCAACAGGCUUCCUCAAAAUGCGAUCACCACACGCAGCACCAGAACCCACCGCAUCCCCCGAACUCAGGAAACCGCGAGCCGACCUAGCAAUCCAAGAAUACACCGUCCCAGAGUAUCUGACAGACUGGUAUUGGUACGGGCGUCUCGAUCCAGGGUGUUCGUGUAUCAUCACGUCCGCGGCGCCGUCGGUGCAUUUUUCGGAGACGUCGACGACGACGUUGUAUGAUGUUACGCUGAGCGCGACGGUGACGGAGACGUAUACGAUUUGGCCAAAGAGCAAGGAUUAG